GGGGAACAUGCAACAGCCGGGCGACAACCGCGGCAUACAAUUCCGUCGCAUCAGACACCAGCUUCGCCACCAUUGCCGCGCAAGUUCUCGCGUUGCCUUACAAGACAAGUAUAAGCCACGGCAUUAGCCUGGUUGGAAUAGCUGUAUUAUAGUCCACUCCAUUCUUUUUUGAAUAUAUCCAGUAACGUGUGCUAUAAUCGAUACCUUUCAUUCUUUUUCUAUCCGCCCCAACACACUCCUACAAUGACAACCUCUCACCCACUGGACUUAGAGACGGCCAAGCCAAUUACGCUGAAAUGCGGACUCAAACUCCCAAACCGCCUAGUCAAGGCAUCCAUGGCAGAGGGCUGGGCCGACCGUGACGCGCUGCCACAUGCUGACCUUAUAGAGACAUACCGCCUCUGGGCGGACGGCGGAUGGGGUCUCCUACUCACGGGCAACGUCCACGUCGAUGCAGCCUACAUGGGUACGCCCGACGACGUUGCUGUCAACGAUGCGCUGAGCAGCCAAGAGCAUGUCUCUUCGUGGUCGCAAUGGGUCAAAGCUGCGAGCUCGCACGGCACCCCGACCAUCAUGCAGAUCAACCAUCCCGGAAGGCAGUCGACCAUUGGUGCCGGCACGCGGGCAUACAUGGCAAAGACGGUAGCCCCCAGCGCCGUACCCAUGGACCUGGGCCCGGGACUCAUCGCCAGAAGUUCUAGCGCCAUCGUGUUUGGCACACCGAGAGUCCUGACGGAGCCUGAAAUCCGCGACAUCGUCUCGCGCUUUGCCGCUACCGCGCGCAUGGCACACCAAGCGGGCUUCGCCGGCGUUCAAGUCCACGCAGCGCACGGCUACCUUCUGGCGCAGUUUCUGUCUUCCAAGACAAACAUGCGUACAGAUGAAUACGGCGGCUCCCCAAAAAAGCGCGCCAAGUUCGUCGUGGACAUUGUCAAGGCCGUGCGCGGCGUGGUGCCCAAAGACUUCUGCGUCAGCAUCAAAGUCAAUAGCGUCGACCAUCAAAGCCCUGGCGAGCUGAGUGACUGUAUUGAGCAGAUACGCGACAUUGUUGAUGCAGGCGUAGAUUUCUUGGAGAUCAGCGGCGGCAACUAUGAAGACCCAAAGAACAUGAUUUCCACAACAAACACUACCCAGGCUAAGGUAUCUGCCAGCAGUGCCGCCAGAGAGGCCUUCUUCCUCGAGUUUGCAACGAAAAUCCGGAAGACCUUCCCCGACACCCAUCUCAUGGUAACGGGUGGCUUCCGCAGCAGGCUAGGCCUUGAAGCUGCCGUAAAGUCUGGCGCCUGUGACUUGGCGGGUAUUGCACGACCUGCCGUAGUAGAUCCCAAGCUACCAAAGACAGUAGUUUUCAACGCCAGUAUCGCUGACGAGGAUGCCAGGUUGGCAACCAAGUCAUUUUCGGCAUCCUGGCUCGCAUGGGGCCUCGGCAUCAAGGCCCUUGCGGGUGGCACAGAAACGGUAUGCAAAUUUUACUCUUUCCAUCGCAUAUUUUGCGGGUCUGCAUACUGAUACACUAUUUCUUUUUAGCUCGGAUAUGUCUCGGAGAUCCAUAAGAUGCUCAAGGUGGCUAGGAAGAAGCAGGAGCUAGCUUAGACGUAGACGGGGCUGACUCGGGAUCAGCAGUAGCAUAGAGGGGAGGUAGUGGGAAUUCGGUAGAAAUCUUUCCGUGCGAGAAAUUUUACUCUUCGUCUUGCAAGUGACGAGCCUCGCCCAAUGUGCUUGUGUACGGCCGAGGCUGUCUUAGAGUCGAGUCGCAAGUUCCCAUGCUGACGACAGUGUAGCUUAAGAGGCAGGAGAGUAUCCAUAGUGGCACCCGCUAGUACUGAUUGAGAGUUGUCAAUCCCGAAUUCCCGAAGCUGAAUAUUUCCCA